GUGCCCGUAUGACGUCACACUGUUGCACGAGCGCACAGCCAGAGGAAGCGCACCGGGGAUUUGCGCCAUAUGGCUGCGUGUCCUUCCCAGUCCUCCUGCACAUGCCAACAAUAAAAAAAUAAAAAAAAUCCAAGUACAGUACAAAGAAAUGCGCCUGUCUCGCAACUCCACAUUAAACAGUACCGUGUCCCUUUAAAACCGUCUGACAAAAAGCCCAUAUGAUCCCCGAGCUCCAAUCACCAAUUCCUUCUGCAAAAGCAGCCUCUGCAUUUUUGUCUGUCUGAAUGCUACAGCAGCACGGGGGGAAAAAAGAUUGAGGAUAAGGCACAAACUGAAGAAAUGUGACAAUUCAACGGUCAUUUUCAUGGCGGAGGGAAAACUGGUGCGAAAGGAGUUAUUCUGGGACUCCUUUGAGCCUCGAAACGCGGGAUCAAAAUGCUCAUAGUGGAGAAGACCACGGACUUCCCCUCUGCUGAGUUCUCCCUGGUGGAGGAUGUGGCUCUGCACUUCACCUGUUUGAUGGACAGGCUGAAUGAGCAGCGCCUCUUCCAGCCUGACCUGUGUGACGUUGACAUCGUUCUGGUGCGUCAGCACAGCACCUUCCCAGCCCAUAAGGGCGUGCUGGCGGCCUACAGCCCUUUCUUCCACUCCCUUUUCGCCCAAAGCAAACAGCUGCGGCGGGUGGACCUGUCGCUGGACGCCCUGACCUCUCAGGGCCUGCAACAAAUCCUCAACUUCAUUUACACCUCCAAACUGCUGGUGAGCAGCCGCACUGUGCGGGACGUGCUCAACGCCGCUACCCUGCUUCAGAUGAGCGACAUCGCAGCCUCCUGUCGUGACCUCAUCAGCAGCCACUCGCUGAGAACCACCUGCGCAGAUAUGGCCAAUCAGGAAGGGCUCGGUGGCGGUGACCCAGCUGCUGUAGCGAUGCCCUCCAGCCAGCUGUACCCAGAGAUUAAACAGGAGUCAGAGCUGGGGAGGGUGUAUAAAAGAGAAGGCAGCAGCCCGUUCUCUGUUAGAGUGGAGGAGGCAGGCAAGGCGGCCUCCCAGCAGAAGCAGUAUUACCAGAAGGAGGACGGGUCAGGGGGCGGGGCUGGAACAGGUGUGGCUGCUUUGUGCAAAGUCGAGAGCAAUGGAGAGGAGUCAAAGAACGCAGAUGGCCACACUUCCUUCAACAGAGACCAGAUCAUUGUUGAAGUCAACCUCAACAACCAGACCCUCAAUGUGUCAAAGGGAUCAGAGAGCAAAUCAGCAACUGCCACAGAGGCGUCCACCAUGUUUGGUCGUUGCCAUGACAACCAGAGAGAUUCAGAAGACGAUGAGGAGAAUGAGGCGGAGAAUGACGACACAGUUGGAGAAGAGGAUGACGAUGACCUGAACCUGAAGAGAGGGGACAUACUGGGUCAGAGCAGUGAAGAGGACGAUGAGGAGGAAGACGAGGAAGAGGAGGAGAACACUCUAAACAUUCCAGGCUUGGAGCAGCCAGCCAUGAUGGAUCGACCUCGCCGGGGCACCAGAGCCUUCGCCAUGGCGGGUACAACCGCCUCCAUGCGGCAGACACUCGCAGAGGCCACGCUGGCCAACCAGCGGCAAGGCGGGAAGAGGCCGCUGGAUACGGAGAGCCUGGGCCAGAAAGUGAGGCUGGAGGAGAAGCAACAUUUCCCGUGUAAGAAAUGCCCUCGCGUCUUCAACAACCGCUGGUACCUGGAGAAACACAUGAACGUCACUCACAACCGCAUGCAGAUCUGCAAUAACUGUGGGAAACGCUUCCUGCUGGAGAGCGAGCUGCUGCUGCACCAACAGACCGACUGUGAGAAGAGCAUCCAGUGUGUAACAUGUGGCAAGGCCUUCAAAAAGCUGUGGUCGUUGCACGAGCACAACAAGAUCGUCCAUGGCUACGCUGAGAAGAAGUUCUCCUGCGAGAUCUGUGAGAAGAAGUUUUACACCAUGGCUCAUGUCAGGAAGCACAUGGUCGCCCAUACGAAGGACAUGCCGUUCACCUGUGAGACGUGCGGGAAGUCGUUCAAGCGCAGCAUGUCCCUGAAGGUUCACUCUCUGCAGCACUCAGGAGAGAAACCCUUCAAGUGUGAGAACUGUAGUGAGCGCUUCCAGUACAAAUACCAGCUGCGCUCCCACAUGAGCAUUCACAUCGGACACAAGCAGUUCAUGUGCCAGUGGUGCGGAAAGGACUUCAACAUGAAACAGUACUUUGAUGAACACAUGAAGACACACACUGGAGAAAAGCCGUACAUCUGUGAGAUCUGUGGGAAGAGCUUCACAAGCCGGCCCAACAUGAAGCGCCACCGCCGCACCCACACCGGUGAGAAGCCCUACCCCUGCGAGGUGUGCGGCCAGCGCUUCCGCUUCUCCAACAUGCUCAAGGCCCACAGGGAGAAAUGUUUCCGCGUCAGCAACCCCAUGGUUACCGAUGGCAACGACCCCCUCGGCCUCCAUCAGCCUCUGGCCUCACCCGUCGUGGACUCUUCCGGUCAGGUGCAGCUGGGGACGGCGCUUCCUGCCACGUCUGCGACCACACCCGCCGCUGCCUCGAGCCCACACCCUCUCCAUGGCACCCAACUGUCUCUUCCCCUGCUGCACUCCAUGGGGGGGCUGCCUCCCACUCAUUUACCCCCACCGCCUCCCCUGUUCUCUGCCGGUAGGAUGAACUCCAACAACUAACAAAUCUCUGUAGCAUCGAAAGCACUUUUUGUUACUUUUGUUUUUCUUAGAGCUUUUAAAAGGACUCCUGCGGCGGGAGAGUGAUGCACCUCAGUGACGUUUACACUGAGGGGAGAAACUGACUGAAGGCUACACGGAGGCCUCGUAAGAAAACACACAUACACCUACCACAAUAAGAAAUAGUUAUUUUUUACUCUGUUAAAUACAAUAGAUAACCUCAGAGUCCAGUAGGACGCGUCGUCACCGUGCUUCUCCUCAUGAGUUUCACAACUCUGUUCUGGUUUCAUUUGGGAUUUUUCCACCACCACACACACAUCUCUCCAGAGCCUUGCACAAUGCAUUGAUUGUAGCAUCUUUUACAAAGUGGGAGGAAGAGUUUCCUGAAUCCUCACUCAUACGGGGGUCAUCAGUCACGCGAGAACCACACUAUGAUGAGAAAAAAAAAAAAGUUUUAUUUUUGAUCGUUCUCUGCCAAGAUGUAGCGAGUGGUUCUGGUCUGACCCAGCAAUAACCAAAUGUGGAUUUGUCUCUGAGCAUAUACAUGUAUAUGGCAUUGCCAAUAACCAAAUCCUGUUAGCUCACCUGCUAUAGUUAGAUAAUGUUAUACAGCAUUUAUAAUCGAUCCUGCACCUUACAUUUAACUCUAGUGAUAUUUAAAAUGUACUCCUAAUUGUCUCGAUUUUUAUAAUUGUGAUAGUGUGUAACUUGUGGCACGUUAUGUCAAUUUGUAAGGACGCGAGAGAGAGUCGUGGAGGCGUGGAGAGUCGACCGUGCAAUGCAGUGUGUAUGUGUGUGUGUGUGUGUGUGCGCGCGCUUGUGUGAGACGUGAGGCAGAGAUGUGAGAUGAAGAUCUACGUUCAGCUAAUCAACGCUUGAGCUUCCCCUGAGUCAGGAGAUGGAGUAAUUUGUUGACUCUCAUCUUUUGCUUACAUUAAGCAAGCGUGCUCCUCUCCUGUAGAUCUGGCUUCGAGAUGGUAUCGCACUUUUCUGUGACUUGUUAGUAAAAAACCUCAUGUACUCAGACCUACAGUAUAUUUGUAGGUUUAAAAAUCUAAUGUUAAUGUUAACUUUCCCAACUAAACCCGAUCUGUAUCAUAGUUUGCAGAGUGUAGGGAUGAUAAUAAUAUUCACAAAAACCUACUUACGUCACGUAGCUCAUUAAGUGUACACAUUUCAUCAUGAUAGAUAUCGUGAAACAAUAAACAUUAUAUUACAAUGCCUAAAUCUCUCAAAAAGCACUGACAGUGAGUACUUUUGGCACAACAGAGCGCAUCACUAAAAGGGCUCCUUAUGAUGACAUCACUGUUAUAAACUGGUCAGUGGUGAUCUGUAGAAGCUGAUCAAAUUAAGAGACAUGCAGUAUGUAAUACCCCUCAGACAUCUGUGGCUCUACGUGCACUUUUGACAAGUUUGUCACGAACCUUCUCGAGUAGAACUGAAAUAAUAGAAUUGAAUCCUCGUCAGUAAAAAGUUCUCCUCUUUGACAUUUUGGGAAAUAUUUCUUGCAGAGAGUUAGCUGACAAGAAUGAUACCACUCUCCUGUCGGUAUGUUAAUUAUGAAGCUACAGCCAGCAGCUGUUAGCUUAGCUCAGCACAAAGACUGGAAACAGUGAAACAGCUAGCUUGGCUCUGUCUGAAGGUUAAAAAAAUCAUCCACCAGUACCAAAAGCUUACUGAUAAACAAGUCCUGUUUGUUUUCAUUCAUUAUCCGUAACCACUUUUCCUAUUCAGGGUCAUGGGGGCUGGAGCCUAUCCCAGCUGACACUGAGUGAGAGGCGGGGUGCACCCUGGACCGUCACCAACUGUUGUUGUGGCCUGAAGUGCCUGAUUUCAUGGCAGCUUUUCUAUAAAAAAAAAAAAUGUGAUGCAUGUUGCUGUUUUGUGGGGGGGGGGCUUGCUUUUUUGCUUUUUUGUAUAAUUAAUUUAAAACCAAGGCAACUUGUUCCAUACACAGACUGUAAAAAAAAAAAAAAAAAAAAGGACAUAGGUGCCAUGACGUCGCCCAUGGAUUUGUGGGCAUCCAUUUUGAAGCCUUAAGUUUGGUAUAUCAACUGUCGCCAUCUUGGUUCUUGGGAGCCAGGAGUGAACAAGAGGUGGGCCUGACUCACAUCACAGACUGUGGUGACACCUUGCCAACAGGUGGUCAGUCAAAAUGGCUCACCCGUAAUUAUAUGAAAAUUUAAGUCUUAAUGAAAUUUAAAUGGGUGAGUUAUAUAAAAAAAACCCCUCCUGUAUAGUUGUCAUGAAGGGGUAAAUUAGCUAUAGAGACCAAAACCAUUUUUUGUACCAGGUUGUUAACAUGAUUAUUUCUGCUAAAUUUCGGCAGGAGUAUCUGUGGGGAUUGACUGCCAUCUGGAGCCAGCCUCAAGUGGUCAUUCAAAGAACUGCAGUUUUUUGGCACUUCCUCACUGGCUUGAUUUUUCAGCUCUGGAGGUCACCGCUUGGUUUCACACCAUGUUUAAACAUUUUAUUUGAGACAUUUGAUUCCUAAACUAUUUUCUCUAUCACACACACAGUUUGUCACGCAAAGAGGCAAGCAUGCCUCUGUCACUUCUUGAUUUAUACUACACUAACAUUACGACAAACCGUGCAUAUUUAAUCUGACUCACCUUGAUUCUCAAGAGGGGCUGGAUAGCUGAUUUUGUACUUUUGGACAGAGCCUUGCUGGCUGGUUUCUCCUUUUAGCAUACUUCAUGCUAAGCUAGGCUAACUGGCUGCUGGCUGUAGCUUCGUAGUUACCAUACAGAUAUGAGAGUGGCAUUCAUCUCAGCUAAUUCUCUGCAAGAAAGCAAACAAGCAUACUUCCCAGAAUGUCAAAAUAUUCCUUAAAAUCUGACACUUCAAUCAGUUAAUUACCCAAAAAGAGUCUCGGUGCACUAUCGAUGCACUCCCGCUCACUUUAUCUAUAGACUUGUAGUGUAACGUUAACCUGUAAAUAUUGUUAAGAUGUGUUUCUUCCUCGUGAUUAAUUCCUCAUGUUUACAUUUCGAGAGUCAUUUGAAUGUGCCCCCACGUGCGUCUUGGCUGGUACUACCGGAAAGUUGGAGUUUGUGGAUAAGCUUUUGUAAAUGUAAUAAGCUGUUCAUUGUUUUAUUUAAAAGACAAAUUGAAGCACCUUAGUGUAGUCUUACGUCUUAGCCCACCCCCAGUUACACGUGUUUCUUAAACUGCCAUGGUUAAAUGGUUAGGGCCACAUCAGAUGCUAUUUGAAAAUGGUACUUCUUCUUUUAUUUGUUUGUGUGUCCAACACGUUUUGUACUUUGAUUUGCUGCUUUUGUACAGGGUCCAGUUUGAGACUGCCCUUUAAAUGAAAAGUCUGCUGUUGAAUUGUUGAGUAUAUUCUGGCUGUGAUCAAUCCAAGUUAGCCUUACUGGACAGAGAGCUCCAGGGUCAGAAUUGAGCUACAAUUUAGACAUUAUGAGCAGUUUGAUGAGGUAACUGCCAACGUUUUACACCCAUCUAGGCAUUGAUCUCGUCUUUGGUAGAUGGGGCUUCUGAUUGUUGACAGAGAGAGGACUAAAGGCAAUGUCACAUAAACAUAAAGACUGUUGCUCUCUUGUGGUAUCUUAGUAAACUGCACUCUGUCAGCCACACUAAAGAAAGAGAAAAGCCUCCCUCCCUUAAGAGUACAUUAUCAUUCAUAGUGUGUCUCUAGUUAUCACUGGAGAAGCUCAUAGUACUUUGGGAUCAUAAGAGAAGGCUAUUCCCACUUCACUGUUUUGAGAAGCACUAGCCCAAGAGACAAUACUGAGAUACUGUGGUUAUAGUUUGUGUAUUCGCCUUAUACUCGGAGGGAUUUGAAUGUUUUUGUGUAAUGGAUGAUGACGAUAGUAGCUGAUGGUAAAGGAGGGAUAGUAGUUAAUACUACUGAUUUAUGCACUUUGAAUUUGAUUGCCACAUUAGCCCAUAAUGGGGAACAUGUAUGCAGACACAAGGUGAACAAUAGAUAGCAGAUGCUUACUGAGAAAUAUGAUUUCCACGCAGCAGGCUGAAUCCAAAGGCAUACAUUCUAUGUUUAAAUGUACCGCGUGGAUAUCAGUGAUCAUGAUUAACAUCUACAAAUUACAGUUAAUUUAUUUGUAUUAUUUGUUUGAAUUUGAUCGGUUUGUGGAGUCAGUUAUGUGUCGCCCUGCACCCUUAACUGGUGUUUCCGUGUUUCAGCCUGCCUGUUUGACACUGUACUGCUCUUUAGAGGCCCAGACACACCAAACUGACAUCAAAGAACUAAUGGUGACAAAGGCUAACAUUGCAUUGCCUCAAGUUGCCUGUGUGUCGCUCAAAAAGUUGCGCUUGAACACCCUGUAAAGACGUCAACCAACUAGCACGAACACUCUGCGCCUGCCUGAGAGGAAAUGACUCUUCAUACCAGCAGGUGGCGGUAGUCUGUUUUUGUCAUUCAAAAAGGGAAACCAGAAGACAGACAGGGCGGAUUCAAUACACUAGUUCGCCAGUUAGCAUAUUAACAACACAACCCAAUGUUGAAGGAACAAAAGAUAUUUACUGGCGCUAGCGAACACUAACACAAACUACGAACCGUUUCUGCUAAAGAGCUCAGUGGCUAAAAACAUAAUCUUACCCAUAUAAGUUUGUUUUGAUCUCACAGUCUCACACCUUCACACCUCCAUUUCUCUUCUCCUGGACUGAGUUGACCCAAUCAGAGUGAUUUAAUUUGCCGUCUCCGAUGCUAAUUCAGCAUGCUAAAUCGGCCAUAAAAAAAACCGCACGAGACAAAUAGUGCCAACGGUGCGAAACACACUGCCAAAACUAGGGCAACAGACUUUCAACAACGGCCCAACAUUGACCGACAUUGACCAACUGACUGUCGCCUUGGUGUGUCUGGGCCCCAACAAGUAUUUGUGACUCGUCCAUGAGGGUGCAUACAGCACAGCUACGGUUGUUUCCGACUAGCUUGUUCUCCAAUCACUACCAUAACUAAGAGAGGUUAGUUUUAGCUCUUGCCAGUUUGCUCCUAUUAUUAAAGGAGCUUUAAUAUGUGACUGUUAUAUUUCAUGCUUUGAGAAAAUGUUAAGGAAGUUGUCAGUUGCCAAAUUGAGUAACGAGAAAGAUAUCAAUUAUUGUGAGCACUUUAUACUCCAGUUCAGCUACUAUGGUUUGAAGGCUGAUACAGUAGCAGUUAUAUGAAUCGAAAUCUGCUGAUGGCAGGUGUGUGUGUUUUGUUUUUGUUUUUUUAUAUUUCCAUGGCAUAAGAUUAUAGGAAAUUUCAAAAAUUGCAGUCGCUGCCAGAAAUGUGUCCUCGGCAGGUGUUCAGUCCUCUGAAAUAACAUUUUAUUUAGACCAAAGGGACGCCAAAAGUGUUUGUUCAGACCCUGCAAAAUUAAGUCCUACUGUAUGUACCUGCUUGGAAUAAGACUGAAAUGAUAUAUUCGAAUCCACUUAAGUUACAGGCUUCCAACCCACUGUGGUAUAAAUCAAUUGGUGUUAUGAUAAAUCAAGCAAACUCUAUCAUAUUCAUCAUUUUGGAGGAGAAUGACACUGAGCAGAUGAUCUCAUUUGUUUUUAAACACCGGCAUUUAUCAAAGUAAUUAGCAAAUGGUUAAAAAUAAUGUAAUGUAAUAAAACUAAAUUGUUUAGCCCCACUUGACACACUGUAUUACAUACAAAGUUAAUGACACAGCAUUCUGAAUAAGCAUGAAAUCUAAAUCCAUCCUAGAAAGCAGAAUUUAAAUGUUAAUCCUGUGUCUUGGAUUAUUUAGUGAACAAGUCUUCCCUGAGAUGCGAACAAGACAAAACCCAUCUGACGCAUCAUCAAAGCAACACUUAAACGAGCUGUGCAUUAAAAAUAUAUCAACAGACAGACAUUUAUGAGCCCUGAUGUCUCCCAAAUCCUAAAAAUUAAUGUAACAAUCUUUUUAAGUAUAAGUUUUUUUUAUUUAAAAGUUGAAUGGCAGUCAAGCUGAGAUUCUAGAAACUGAGAAGGGAAAUUUUUGCACAGUCUUUAGUCCUAUAUUCUAGGCAAGUAGGCUUUAUGUCUUUAAUUAGCCAAAUUCUCCAUUACUAAGGCUAGCAGCCAAAGGCUCGUGUUAGAUCAGGCAAAGGUGGACAUGCCCUUGUCCUUAAAUGAGGGUUUGUCAGUGAUUAAGUGGGUGCCUAGACCCCACAGUGACUGUGCACUCUGCAUUGCACUCAAGGCAAAUGUUUCUCACAUCAUGAAGCAUUGAGCAUGGCAGUUGGUACAAAGCAGAUUGCUCAUGGGAUUGCCAAAUUGGGUCUCUACUGGGACUUGUAGUUUUGGGGUUUAGCUGCUAGAGCCGUAGUGUGUUUCCAAAAGGAUUUGAUUCUGUGGCCUUCAGCUUGGAGAAAAGUUUUGUGAAUAUUGCUAUUUUAUUUUAGUAGCAGUUACUAAAGUUUCAUGUCGAUAUUGGAGAGAAAGAAUUGUAUGUAUGUAAGAAUUUAAAGAUAUUUGUUAUUCUUUUGAAGAUGAAAAAAGGCUCUUUUUUUAAAGAAUGGACAAGUUUUUUUGUUUGUAUUUUUAUCUACCCAUAUUUUGGGUGCAAUCGUAUGAAGCCCCAAAACUGACAAAAGGUUGCAGCAGGAGUCAAAAAAUGUAACAGUAUAAAAAAAAAUAAAGAAAUAUUUUAUUUGAUAGAUAAUAAAAUGAAUCAACAACUACUUUGAAAAUCAAUUAAUCGUUUUCAGUCAUUUAGAAAAAGCUAAAAUAUUCUGGUUUCAGCUUCUUGCAUGUGAAUAUUUUCUGUUUUCCUUAGUCUGCUAUAUUAUUGAAAUGAAUAUCUUUGGGUUUUGGACUGUUGGGAAAAAACGAUGUCUGACAUUUUAUAGGUAAACAACAAAUUCAUCUAUUGAAAAUUUGUGUUAUUGUUUUUGUUUUGUUUUUCUAAAUCAUUAUUUUCAGCCCUAGAAGUUUACGGCUAACAUAUCUUUCCUUUGACCUCCAGUCAGUUAAAAAUAAGCUGCUUUUUGUAUUUGUGCUUAGUGUGUUUUAAAAGAGUCAUUAAAUCACACACUGAUUUACAAAAUGUAAAGGGUAGUGUACAAUACAAAUGUCUGAGAGUUACUUUAACUGUCUGUGAUGAAUAUAAAAGACAUGCACUUGAAAAUAAUUAGCAAGAUUAGCUAGCUAACGCCAGUUAGCCUAAGCUAGCAAACUUUGUUUUUGUUCGCUUGCUAGCUAAAUGCUUUAGCUGCUGUUACAAGAAUUUCUACAGUGAUAAACUACAAGACAGUGGUAUAAAAUAUAGUUAUGAUCAGUAUUUUAUGUACUGACGGGUAGUUUUAUGAAAAAGAUUAGCUUUAGCUAGGUAGCUAGUUGACAAGGCCUGUGCUCAGUGUGUUUAGCCACAGUAAAGCUAGCUGGCUAGCCCAUGCAGUCUAUAUUGGUCAUACACACACAAAUAAUAGUAUUUUGCUUUUAUUACCAACUGAUUUCAAUUUAGAGUUACUUUUUACACUUUAUUUAACUCAGUGUUAUUUAUUAAUGUUUUCAGUUGUAUUUGUGACUCGUCUGAUAAUCUUUUACAACAUUUUGUCAGUUUUGGGGCAUCAUAUAAACUCGAUCAUAAAAUUGGAAAACAAAUGUUGGUUAUUUUGCACGUGAAAGUUUGGUUGGCUGUUCUAAUAAGUUUGUUUGAUGGUGACUUUUCCCCUUUUUGGGCAAAGAUAUAUAUGUGAUAAUAUAACCAUAGGCACCAAUGCCAUAGUCAAUUCAAAGAUGUAUUAUCCACAUACCCUCUACAUCUCCCAUACUUACUCAUACUGCA